GUUGCAACUUACAGUACAGUACGUCACUCCUCCAAUUUCACCACGUCUUGGCGUUUUCCUGAACUGUUCGCAGCUCUUCGUUCGGUCAAAGAACAUGGACAGCCUCCAGGAAUUUGAAAAAGCGCUGGCCGCUGAAAAGGCGGAGCGACAUCGCAACGUGCGGGAAAAGGACGAAAGCGGCGAGCGGAAACACAGACAUCGCCAGCACCGCGAGCGAUCUUCAGAACGCGAGCGCGACAGCGACAGGCACAGACGUCGAGAUGGCGACCGAGAGAGACACAAGCGCAAGGACGAUGUUCAUAGAGAUGAGCGCAGCCAUCAUCGGUCCCGAAGGGAGGACUUAGAUGAGGAUAAACACCGUCACAAGCGCUCCCGGCAUUCUCGAGACGACGAAGAACGGGAUGAGGAAUCGAGCCAUCGCCAUAGGCAUCGGCAUAGAUCGAGGGAGCGGUCAGGCGAGCGGCGCGACAGUAUGCUUGAGGGGCGCGCGACGAAGGAUACGAAAGACUUAAAGCAGUCCGACCCGAAGGAGGACCUUCCGCUCCCGGACGAAGAGAGAACGCCGGCCGACGACACGCCGCUUGUUCGUGACUCUUGGAUGACGGCGCCUUCUGCUUUAGACGUGGACUAUAUCCAUAGGGGAGUAAAGAGGAAGAGCCCUUCGCCCGUGAGGGAGGAGCCGCGUAGGGUAUUGCAUAAACGGGAAUUGAACACGGGGCUGCACGAAGCACAAGAGCGCGUCCAGGCACCGACUAAGCGAGAGGUCACCUAUACUUUCGGUGAUGAAGGCUCGCAAUGGAGAAUGACCAAACUCAAGGCGGUUUACACCAUUGCGGAGCAGUCUGGACGUCCCGUUGACGAAGUUGCGGAAGAGAGGUAUGGCAGUUUGCAGGAGUUUGACGAGGCCAGGGAGGAGAAGAUGGAGCUGGACCGGCGGAGAGUUUACGGUGAGGGAUACUUUGGCAAGGAGAAGCCAGACGGGUCGCUCUACGCAGAGAGGAUGGCCAAGACAAGACCCGAACCCGCGCGUUCUCCAUCUCCACAGCCUGAGCAGGGCAUCGUGGUUGAGGACGCGAUUCAGAAGGCUCCACCGAUGGACCAGUCGACACUCAACCGAAUGCGUGCAAAUCUAAUGAGGGCGAAGCUACGCAAUGCCCCUGAAUCCGCGAAGCUCGAGGCCGAGUACAACGCAGCCAUGGCCGCCUUCAGCGCAGGCUCUGUAUCCAACAACGCCGUCGUACUCGAUGCCUCGCACAACCGGAUGCUUGCCGGUCCACGCGGCGAGGUCAAGUCCAUCACCACCAAACGCGGCGUCGAGCGCGGCCAAGUAGAAGCCAACGAGGACAUGUCCAUCGAAGACAUGCUCCGCGAAGAGCGGCGGACCCGUGGCCAGCCGGGAGGGGAAGGUCUGCGCCUCGCCGAGCGCAUUGCCAAAGACGCCCGCUUUGACAACGACUUGGAAUACCUGGACGAGAACGCCGAGAAGCUGGCCAAGCGCGUCCACAAAACCGACUCCUCGCUCAAGAACAUGGCGGUGGCCGAGUACAAGAAGCUCAACCGCAUCCUCGACACCUGCCCGCUCUGCUACAAGGAGGACCGCGCCCCGCCGCAGAACCUGCCGCUCGCCCCCGUCAUCUCACUCGCGACCCGCACUUACCUGACGCUCCCCACGGCGCCGGAGCUGACCGGGGCCGAAGGCGGCGCCGUGAUCGUGCCCCUCAGCCACCGGACGAACCUGCUAGAAUGCGACGACGACGAGUGGGAGGAGGUGCGCAACUUCAUGAAGAGCCUGACGCACCUGUACCACGACCAGGGGCGCGAGGUUCUCUUCUAUGAGAACGCGGCCGCACCCCAGCGCAGGCUGCACGCCGCGCUGGUGGCGGUGCCCAUCCCCUACGACCUGGGCGACACCGCGCCGGCCUUCUUCCGGGAGGCCAUGCUCUCUGCCGACGAGGAGUGGGCGCAGCACAAGAAGGUCAUCGACACGGGCAAGAAGGCGAGGGAAGGGCUGGGCAAGCUGGCGUUCAGGCGGAGCCUGGCCAAGGAGAUGCCGUAUUUCCAUGUCUGGUUUAAUCUUGAUGGGGGCUUGGGCCAUGUAGUGGAGGAUGCGGACCGCUGGCCGAAGGGGGAUCUUUUCGCACGGGAGAUCAUUGGGGGCAUGUUGGAUACCGAGCCGGAUGUGAUCAAGCGUCAGGGACGGUGGACGAGGAACGAUGAGCGGGCGGAGGAGUUUAAGAAGAGGUGGCGGAAGUUCGACUGGACGAGGGUGCUCACUGAGGGCGGGUAGUGUAGUAUCAUAAUGAUAUAAUCAUCAACAGUGGAUGUGUUUGAGCAGCUAAGUUGGAGCAACAAGUCGAAGCGACAAUCACGGUCAAUUUCUCC